AUGGCAAGCGGUUCGGGGACGUCCGGUGCGGGUCUGGCGAGCAGCGGGUCUCAGGGCGCAAAUGGGCCUUCCGGUGCAGGAGCGUCGUCAGCGGCAACUGGCGCGGGCCAGAGCAGCCAGCAGCAGCAGCAACAGCCAGCCGUGCCGGCUGUGUUCCAGAGCAGCGCUGCGACCGGGUCUGCGGACAAUGCCCUCAUUGCCCUGCAGCAACAGUGUCUGACCGGGGACCACAUGAAUCUGUGUCAAAGUCAUGUGCAAAGAUUGCUUGCGGAAGAAAGGAGCUACGCCGACGGGGCGGGGACGCAAAUUCAGGCGCUCGCGAUUGUCCAGAACACAAAGUGGUUCCGCCGACACUUGGCCGACCAACUGGCACAGAUUUUGCUCUCUAGGGAGGAGUCCACCGACGAAGAUAGUCUAUUUCCCGCCGCUGCAAAGAGCCGAGUGCUCUGGUCGGAGCGGGGUUUAGUAACUAGUGUAAACGGGGGAGAUUCUCGUCUGCCUUCUGGCCCCCUCGUGGAGGAGGCACCUCCUAUCAGCAUGUUUGUCGCGGUUCACCGACGCGCGGCCUCGAAUGCAGGCCUCAUGGGAGGACGAGAUCCGCAAUACGCGGCGACGCUCGCAAGGGGUAGGACCGACUGGCAAUUGUUCUGGUGCCAAGACCGUAGCCCCAAACCAUUUACGGGCCCGAAGACAGAGGCGCAGAUGAAAGAGCGGUAUUGGAGCGAAUGGGAAAUCAAAGCCGACCGCCAGCUCUCAGCGGCACAGCUUGCGUACCUCUGCUACAUUUCGGUGCCCGACGAACUCCGAAAGGCGGACCCGAACAACAUCCCACUCGAGCACGCACAUGCCCAAUUGCAGUCGUGGCAGAAGCUCCCCCGCACCUCGGAGGUGGCGGAGUACGACUUCGUUGCGCCGGGAGGCUAUCUGGAUCCAGCCGAGCUGUGGGUCGCCGCCGCGCUGGUACUGGGGGUGGACUUGAACCUCUAUUCGGACACCGACGCGGAUGCGGACCCUCAAACUGCUCCCUGGGUUGCAGCAACGGAAACCAACCGCGCACGCCUCAAGCUUCAUCAUUUGCCGGGGCCUCCGCCGGUGCCACUUACGACUCCUGUACUAGUAACCGCGCCUCGUGUUUCGUCCUCCUCCUCCUCCUCCUCCGCCCGAUUCCCAGCACAGUCGGCCCGGGAAGUAGAAGAUCUGGAGGCCAACAUUCUCCUUGAGGUGGCCUGUAAGAACUUUACUAGGCUGGAGGCGGCCGGCGCGACUUCCUCCGACGUUCGGUCUAAUUACGACUUCUUCGACUACCGAGGCUUGAGUGUGCCGGGAAACAAGGAACUAAACUGGCCGGCGCAGCGGCGACAGCGGUGGGCUGCAGCGAGGGCGGAGGAAUCGCAGCACACGCAGACCUCGGGCGCCACUCCGGGCGGCCAACAGUCUGACGCCUCCUCCGCGGUCGAGGGCGAGGUGGCCGUUCCAGUGAUAAACUACCAACUACAACGCGCAGCCCCGACCGGAUCGGGUGAUGGGGGCCUGAUCGCCUUGAAGCGACAGUGCACCGAAGCUGGCGCGCACGCCGAGUGGUGCGCCCCGCAUUUAAGAAACAGAGACCGCUCGCUAUCCUAUCCCGUGGGCCUCUUGGCAGGAAUACUAAACAUAGGUGAAUUUCGAUUAAUGCUCGCGCACCACCUGGCGGAGAUUCUCAUGGAUGCUUUCUCGGGCCAGCGGGACAACACCGCAAGCCAUCUCUUUUGGAGCGGCAGAAACAUCAUGCCUCUGAAUGGCCGAAUGAUUCUAGGAAGGAACACUGUGAGUAUGUUCGACAUGGUGGUUGAGCGCGCCAAUCCGUACGUCCGAGUUGCAGGUCGGCGCCGGAUAUGAACUGCAAAUAUGUCCGGGUCUGGAAGAAUGCAAGAUUUGUCAUGCACAUUUCUCAUGACCCCUGAUUGUCUGUGAUGUAUGCCCUACCAUCACAGGUUUUUAGAACCCUUCCUGAUACACCUUCGGCAUGAGAAAUGCCCUGUCCGUGAGGCACAAACUGCACCCCUCUUGCUGGUCAUGCAAUGCAAUUUUUUUAGCGUCCAAAAACAGCAUGACAAGUUGCAAUCUUCCAGACCCAGACACUUUUGCACUUGAUACCGGAGAGGAGCGAGGGGCGUUUUUGCUGACCCGAACUUUGAGGCCACGCGCACAAGAGGGAAAGCCCAGGGUGUGAGGUGGUGCCAAGUUUUUGCACCGCCUCACACCGAAGUUCUUGAAGAACGAAGACGAAGAGAUUGGACUGAUAGAGAGAAGCAAGCAAACCAGCAACUUUUGACGAGCAUGCAGCUCGCGUACCUCUGCUACAUCUCUGUGGCCGACUCCCUGGACCACUUUCAGCCACGGGACGCAGUAGGAAAUCUAUCCCUAUCAGGCAACAACAUUCCGCGCACUACCGAGGACGACGAGCACAGAAGAGUCUUGGAGCCCGGUGGCUUCCUCGAGCCCACGGAGCUGUGGGUGGCGGCUGCGCUCGGUUUGGGCGUGGAUCUGACCCUCCACGAAGUCGUGGGAGAACACACACUGGCCGACGCGUCAUCUGGUCCAACCGUUGAUAUUAAGAAAAAAAACAUCUUCACACGAAGCACUUGUCCGUUUUUUUUGCAGAUUAGAUUGCGAAAGAAGCUGGCUUCAUUGGUGUCGCGAUAGAAUGAAUGAUCACGGUCAAACUGCAUACGCACGUGAGUUCUUUCGUGAUGUUGUCUGUGCAACACAAGUUGUACGAGCAUUGUUCAUUAUUAUUUCGAGCAUCAAUUUUAUCCAUAUUAUCGUCAUGCAAAAUAAUUUGCAAAUCCAAAUGUGACUGCGAUGAUAUUUUUUUGUUCCACACCACGAUUGGACCGUCGAACAGUUACGCUACCGGCCCCGGCGGCGGCGCGACCGGCUUCUGCUUCCCGGCUGCAACGCAACCUCAAAUUUGACGUGGCGUGGAGGGAAAUGCAGCAUGACCACUCUUCCGUCACCAGCGCUAGAGCCGUAUGCAGUGCAAGACUUCUUGUCGUGUGAAGAUCGCACUAAGGCGGGUUGCACGAUGUACUUAUGUAUACACAAAUUUUGAAUUUUCGCAAAUCAAAAAGUUUUGCACAACAGAAUCAAAGGUGAACGUGUCAUGCUGUGGCUACGGGCUGAAAGAAAAACGAGUUGCUAUGAAAUAACUGCAUCUACUCCGUGCUGCACAACUACGCUGUGAAACAAUAUUGAAGAACAUACGUCGGCAGCUGCUCGUCCGAGUGCGACUUUAUGCGAUGAAUUUUUGCACAGGAUACGAAGCGAUCGUGCGGCCCAAGCCUGCUGCGGAUUACUACGACUACUGGGGCCUGAUCGUGUCCGAAACGAAGGAACAUAACCGCCCAGAAAACCGGAGACGGGACGACGUGCCGGAGACGACGCAACGGGCUCCCGGGGCGACCUACCCGCAAGGAGGAAUCGGGCCGCGGAGUGGAGCUGGUCCAAUUCUGGAGCACCGUGACGCGACCCCGGAAACAAGCUUGUCUUUGCGGGUUGAAAGUGGUGACUCGGUAGUGGCGCCAGAGGAUGUUGGUGUUCAACCUCCGGAGCUGCCCGAGACAGCCACUGCAGCUGCCGAGGAUGGCGAUGGUGGAGGACUUCCUCCUGCUCCUCAGCCUCACGAAGAACUCGAGGAAGCUCAUGAUGCAGCGGCCGACGCGUCCGCUGCCGUAGGCGUUGUUCCAGCCCUUUCCGAGCAGGCUGGUGAAGAAGAAUAUGUUGCGCAGGAGCAUCUUCAGCGCGCUGCUGUAGACGAACAGGGAGUUGACGCACUGAUUGCGACUCCCGUUGUAGUUGAAGAAGUUGAUCAUGCGGUACUAGGAUCAUUCGGGGACCCUUUGUCCUCUGGCUCUGGUCGUCCCGCCUCCACCACGCUGGUGCAGCGCGACGAAGAACACGAAAGCCGCGCAACGGUGCACGACGGAGGACAAGGCCCUCUUGAUGGUGAUGCGGCCUCCUAUGCCGCAGCUACACCGAUAGAAGAAGCAGGAGCGGCACCAGCAUCUUCUUUUCUUGUACCGGCCACGGCGCAGGAAGAAGAGGCCGCGGAUGAAAUAGAACACUUUCAUCCUGCACCGCAGGAGGACCACGACCAGCUGGCCCGGGACCCGCGACCCCCUUUGCCGCAAGCCUCGAGUGCGGCUGGCCAAGAAAAUGCGGCACAGGAAGCGGCUGCUGUGGGCGAGCAGAGUGCUCGUGCUGCAGUUCCGACCCCGGACGACAGCGGCCAGAAUGGUGCUGCAUCAUCGGACCCAAGAACCUGCUCAUCGCAAGAAGAAGGUAAUAUCACAAGUCCGGCAGCUGAUGCUGGACCUGGAGCUGCCCGUGCUCCGCGUGCUGAUGACCAGUCCGGAGAGCAGAUUGCUCCGGCAGCACCGCCCGCUCCAGCGCAGGAAGUUCGUGAGGAUGCUCUCGAGGAAGAAAAUGUAGUUGAAGCACCUACUACGUCUGAGGCUGACGCACCGCGGGGGCGAAUCUCUCCAGAUAGAGGAGAUGAACAACAAUUCCUCGGUCUGCGCUCAAAGGCGGCUGCCAAAUCUGGUCCGCUCAGCUGGGUCGCACAGCCAGCACGCGCCGCACGCGCCUUCGCACAAUACUUAACGCAGGAGCGGGCAGCACCCGUAACACCAGAGCCCUCUUCCUCUGCGGCUCAAGCGGAAGUGGCUGAGGAACAGCGCACGACCACUGUUUUUCCGACCGCAGAAGUGAGCGCCGACCAGCAGAGCGAUCCGGCUGGAACUGGCGCUGUUGUGGCGGAUGUGGACCAGGAGCAGUCGCGGGACGUCUUGCCUUCCGCUGCUCCCGGGGACGAUGCAGCCCCACGACCUCAAGGAGGUGGGAGGACAGAUGCUCCUGCUAGUGACGCAGAUGGAAAUAACGCCAGUCAGGAUACCGCGCUUGCGGGGAUCUAAGGUUGAUAUUUUUACCCCUGCGGAACUAGCAGUCGCACAAAGUUUUUUCUAUGCGCAAAAACCCCAAGAAUGGCAAAGGACGACAACUAAAAAUAUGAUGAUAACUACAAGUCGGCACAACUGCUCUUGAAGCUUUUCAACGACCACGUCCAAAGAAGUUCUUGGGCGGCUGGACAGGAGGACGCGCGCUGACCCUUGAGGAGGUUCAAUGGGUUUAGUUUUGAUCUGGUUUUUCCUAUAGUUUUGACACAGUGGAUAAUGGACGCAAAUAUCGAGUGUUAGUUAUUUCUUGAUGCACCGUGUUUGUGUUAGUAGUACCAAUAUCAUCAGUUCUAGAAUGUUGGCACAACUAUCCAUCGUUGGUGCAGAAUUAUGGGUGCUAACAUGAAGAGAUCGCCGGCAGAACUUUUAUCGGUCUCGAUCGAACUUUGUUUUAUUUGGUCCAACUAGUAUGCGGACAUCUACUUCUGUUGUAAACAUAACUCGUAUUAAAGCACAAGAACUAGUGAAGCUUGUGGAACUUUUUGUAAGAAAGGAAGAUAAAGGCGAAGGACCGUCGUGAAGUGAUGAGCCUAGUACAUCAAUGGAGCAGAUUCUUGUGAUUGUGUCGUGUAUUUUUUAUCUCUUCACCUCUACUUCCGCCAGAUAUUUAGGCCUUGGCGAGACAUCACCUUCUCCUAACUAAACAUAAGCUGUACAACUUUCGCGUUUUUCUUUUUCAGCCCUACCGUGAAUAAUGUUAUUAUUUUAUAUUUGUUGUAUCAAGAUAGAAGAACAACGUCCAAGCCCUACUUUAGUUCGACCUCGAAAACGAAAAGCAAAAGCGCGAGCAGUGAUAGUUAGAAAUUUCUUGUUCGAUUACAGGAGGUGCUGCAUGUACGCUACAGUGCUAAGUACCUAUUUUCGCAACUACUUGAAAUUGGUUGUGGGCCACUGUUCGAAUUUAGAAAUAGUAAGUACCGCAACCCUCACUGAGAGUGACCAGGAGAUGUAGAAUCGCACUCGCCAUUGCUGCUAGCGACACCAAGGCAGGUCAUUCCGAACAAAAGAUGCAUCCUGUUGUACAAGACGAGUCGCCAGUCGUGCAUUUUGACAGUACAGAAUUGUUUCUCUCGAAGUGUAAGUAGAUUUCUUUUUUCUCUCAAGAGGGCUGCUCCAAAAGAAAAUGAAAAAGACGAAGGUGAUAAGAGAAACUUAACGAU